GUUUUUUGUUUUGGUUUUUUGCGGCGUUUAAAUGGAAGUGGAAAACGGUCAAAACGAGGAAAAGCAGGAUCCAAAGCAGCAACAGGACAUUGCCGACAAUCCCAAUGAAAAUGUUAUUCGGGAACGAAACGCCGAAAUUGUGUCAGGAGGCAAUGUUUUUUACAACCCAGUUCAAGAAUUCAAUCGAGACUUGAGCAUAUCUGUGCUCAAUGUGUACUCCCAAAUAUUGGCCCAAGAGCGCCUAGAGAAGGAGGCGAAAAAGAAGCGAAAACAGCAAAGCGAAACAAAUGAAUCCUCACCAGAAAUAGCGCCGACAUAUGAAGCGGGAACCCGUUAUGACGACGGAUUACGGAUAUUGGAGGCCCUGGCUGCCACUGGAUUGCGCAGCAUACGAUAUGCCCAGGAAAUAGCAGGAGUACGCGAAAUUAUAGCCAAUGAUUUGUCCAGGCAGGCCGUAGAGUCCAUUCAAACGAAUAUCAAGCACAACAAGGUUGAGCAAUUGAUACAACCAAGUCAUGCGGAUGCCAUGACCCUGAUGUACUUGUCUUCCGUGCCAGAGAAACGCUUCGAUGUGGUUGAUCUGGAUCCCUAUGGCUGCCCAAAUCGUUUCUUAGAUGGCGCCAUUCAAUGUCUCAAUGAUGGUGGCCUACUCCUGGUGACUGCCACCGACAUGGCCGUAUUGGCUGGCAAUGCUCCCGAAGCUUGCUAUGUGAAAUAUGGAUCAGUUCCCCUAAGGAUGAAGUGCUGCCAUGAAAUGGCUUUGCGCAUUCUCCUCCAUUGCAUCGAAGGACAUGCCAAUAGGCAUGGCAAGUAUAUAGAACCAUUGCUUAGUGUGUCGGUGGAUUUUUAUAUACGGAUAUUCCUGCGAGUACGAGUGGGUCAGGCGCAAUGUAAACUUUCCAUGAGCAAGCAAUCCUGGCUCUUCCAAUGCACGGGCUGUGAGAGUUUUGCCUUGCAACCGCUGGGCAUAACCAAACCGAAUCCCACCAAAGGCAAUCCCCAACAGUUGAAAUUUGGCAUACCCACUGGACCACAGGUAAAUUCGCAGUGCAGCAAUUGUGGCCACAGGCAUCAUAUGGGCGGUCCCAUCUGGUCUGCCCCCUUACACAAUUUGGAAUUCGUGGCCAAGCUUCUGGAUGCAGUGAAGCAGAAACCAUUGUGUGACCUAACCACUCAAAGGCGAAUUGUGGGUGUGCUCAGUAUGGUGCAGGAGGAGCUGCCCGAUGUUCCUCUAUACUAUACCCCCGAUAAGCUUUGCUGUGUCUUGAAGUUGGAAAUCGUUCCCAUGCUCAAGUUCCGUUCCGCUCUUUUGCAUAGUGGAUAUCGUGUCUCCUAUUCACAUGCCUCAAAGAAUUCCCUGAAAACCGAUGCUCCUCCAUCUGUUCUGUGGGAUAUUCUGCGCAGCUGGAGCAAACGACAUCCAGUUAGACCAGAGCGCAUGAUCGAGGGAACCCCCUUGAAGGCCAUACUGUCGCAACCAUGCUCCAAGGAUUAUGAAUUCGAUCGUCUGCACAUCGAUGCCAAUCCCAAAAGUAGACUGCAGGCCUUAUCACGCUUCCAGGAGAAUCCUACACCACACUGGGGACCAGGAACCAAAGCCACCAUUAUGGUUGGCGAAAAUAAACUGCCUAAAAGCUUUCGCAAUCAGAACAAGAAGCAACGACGCAAGGACGAAUCGAAUGAUGGGAUUGUGCCAGAGGAGGAGGAAACGGAGGCCAAACAAGUCAAACUGGACAAUUAAUUGACUAAUUUCAAUGUUAUUUAUUAAGAAUACCAAACGAAGGUUGUCAUCUAAUUGGGUUUUAGUAACGGAAGAAAUUGCCAUCCGAUGUUUGGCGAGAGAAGCCAUUGUUGACCAAUUGAUUGUGGACGCCACUGCAGAUGAGCUUGACACUAUGUGGAUGGAUCUUUUCCUUGCAGCCACCUUAAACAAGAAUCAAUCGUUAAAUAAAUAUAUCGAGAUCUUUCGAUAUGAACUUUA